UGGCAGAAAAAAAAAUAAAUAAGUCGACCAGAUUGCGAUAUCUUUAACUUGAUUUUUCGCCGCCUUCUUUCCAAAAUCUUGCGAGUGCCAGAAGACGAUAGGAUGGUGCCUCUGUUCUUUCCUAGGGCUUUUAGAUUGCCAAUUUCGCAUCGUUCCGAUCGGAUCUCUGGGUUUUGAAGUUUUCUUCGUAUGAUUUCUUCGCCGGAAUCAUGAGAGCUCGCCUGGUGGUAUUCCCGAUCAGAGGGAGGAACUGGUGCUUCACCCGAUCCCUGGACUCCGUCUCCGGCCCCGAAUCCUCGUCGCCGCCUCCUGCAUUGAAGGAUCUCUGGAGAAAGAUCUCCUCCCAUGGCCGUCCGGUGCAGGAGAAAGCUGAGAUCGUCGUCGACUUCGGAGCAGAUAAAAUGAAUAGAGCUUGGAUUGGUCUCGAGAAGGCUCCUUCUGGGACAUUCAAGAGUAAAAUCCACAGUCUGGGAUUGCGGCUGUUGUCGCGAGUGAAGCCGUCUGAAAUAUUCCUGAAGUCAGUUUCCAAGGACAUUACAAAGGUUGAAAUUACUUACCCCUCGAGUUUAAAUCCCCGUCUUGUACGGCGAAGAUUACGACACAUAGCUAUGAGGGGAUCUGCAAUUCACAAGAGAUAUUUUUAUAGUUCAGUUUUCUUGCUUCCAUUUACAACCAUUUUAGCUGUUUUACCAUUGCCAAACAUACCUUUUUUCUGGAUCUUGUUCCGUGCAUAUUCUCAUUGGAGAGCUCUCAAGGGAAGUGAGAGGCUCCUAUUACUAGUUUCGGACUGUUCAAGGUCAUGGAGUUUGCUUAGGGGCAAUGGGAAGGAAAAUGGGUCUAUGAAGGAUUCCAAUUGUAGUCCAGACAAUGAGGAUUCCAAUUGUAGUCCAGACAAUGCUCCUGAGUCUCCAUGGGUUUUAAAGCCUUCUGAUGACCUCGAGAGACUUGUUCAGAGAGAUCCUGAGGAUGGUGUCAGUUGUUGCACAAUCUCCAGCAUCUGCAAGGAAUAUGAUCUGGACAAGAAGGAUGUAUUAAAGUUCAAGGAGUUUCUGUAGUUUGUUUCUCAGACACACUGAAGCUGAACCCAAGUUUGAGCCUACAUGUUUAGUUGCCUAACACCUAACACCUAUUCCAUCGAAGACCAAGCCAACGACGUGAUAGGACCAAGAGAGUCGGUAUAGAAGAUGCAUGUGCUGGGACAGGCUCAAUGAUGAAAUUUUGAUUACAUGAAAAUGUUCAUUGUAGUUGUAAGAUCAAAUAAGACAGUUACUUUUCUUUUCUUUUCUUAAUUUUUCCCUUUAUUCAUACUUUUUAGUUUAGAAACUAUUGGGAGGUUCUGCAAAAUAUUUUCUUCUUGUAAUAAACCUUUUUCUAAAACAUUUCAUUGGGAAGUGAUUAAAUUUCAUGAUCU